ACCAAGACCGAAGAACAUACCACCGCCGAAGGAAAGACUACUAAAGAAAAGACCAAGACCGAAGAGACUACUAAAGAAAAGACUAAGACCAAGACCGAAGAACAUACCACCGCCGAAGGAAAGACUACUAAAGAAAAGACCAAGACCGAAGAAACUACUAAAGAAAAGACUAAGACUAAGACCGAAGAGCCUACAAAAGAAACUACAAUUAAAGAAAAGACCAAGACCGAAAAAACUACCAAGACCAGUACCAAAGAGCCUACGAAAGUAACUACUAUUAAAGAAAAGACCAAGACCGAAGAAACUACUACCAAAGAAAAGACCAAGACCAAGAUCGAAGAAACUACCACCAAAGAAAAGACUAAAACCAAAACCAAGACAACCAUUGAGCCUACCACCAAUUGCGAAACUACAACCAAGUUUAGAACAUCAACUAUUUUCACAAAGACAGCUACCCAUACUAGAGACUACGAACAUCACUCCACUACCAAAGAUAAUGAACAUCACUACACCACCAAAGUUGACGAACAUCAUACUAAAGAUCGUGAACAUCACUACACCACCAAAGAUGAUGGACAUCAUCACACUACCAAAGAUGAUGGACAUCACUACACCACCAAGAUUGACAAACAUACUCAAGACCGCGAACAUCAUUAUACCACCAAAGACGGCAAACCUCACUUCACUACCAAAAAAGACGAACAUCACUACACCACCAAGGUUGACGAACAUAAUACUAAAGAUCGUGAGCAUCACUACACCACCAAAGAUGAUGGACAUCACACCACCAAGACUCAAGACCGCGAACAUCAUUACACCACCAAAGACGGCAAACCUCACUUCACUACCAAAAAAGACGAACAUAACCACACCACCAAGGUUGACGAUCAUAAUACUAAAGAUAGUGAGCAUCAUUACACCACCAAAGGUGGCUUAACUACCAGAGAUGGCGAACAUCACUACACCACCAAGGUUGACGAACAUCACUACACCAAGGUUGACGAACAUCACUAUACUAAAGACCUCGAACAUCAUACCAAAGACUACGAAGAUCUCACUACUAUUUACCACCAUACUAAACCACAACAACAUUACACAACUAUUUAUUACCAUACCAAAGCUCAUCACCAUGUCAAAGAAAAACAUCAUGCCAAAGAAAAGCAUCAUAAAGAUAAGCAUGAUGCCAAAGAAAAACAUCAUAAAGAAAAGCUUCAUCACAAAAAAAAGCAUCACGGCAAAAAAAAUCACGGAAAGAAACAUUAA